GCCAUAUUAAAGGUAAAUUAACAGGAUGCGAAUGCGCUGGAGUUCUGUUUCAUGGUUCUUGGCGCGUCUCCGUAAAAGUAACAGAUGAGAGCAAUCAUAUAAUCAAACUGACUCCUUUUUUCUUCCUUCCAUUAUUGGUACUUUAUUAGUUUGAUCUGUAUGUCGACUUGGCGGAAAUGUGUCGUUUCGUCAACGAGCAUCAAGAAUCUUUGGGACUCCAUCUCGGUCUCACGUAGUAUGAUCGCUGUAGAUGAUGACGCCGGUUUCAGCAUUUCCGAAUUACCUAGCUAAUAUUUUGUUUUCUGGCUUGCUUGUUCUUUCGUUUCAUUCAGUUCUCUUUUUACUGCCUGAACUUUGUUUUCCUGCAUUGUUACAAUAUUUGUAUUUAUACUUGUUUCUCUUUAAGCCGGGUAGCCUUGCCGUUACUCGAUCUGAUUACUUUCUCCUUUUUUUCCCUCUUGCAUCGUCCCAUUUCAAUACACUGCAUCACGCUAGACCCUUUUUUGCCCUUUCAAACCGAUUAAAAACACUGCAACAGCUCUUUGUCUUUUCUCAUCUUGUGACCUUUCCGGUAGUAUUACCUUUUGUAUUUAUUUUCUCCUUUUCCAGCUUGAAUCAAAUUGCACCCAUCGUAACACACAGUGGAGAUGAUAGGCUGUACUACUUUAUUCUCAAAAGAUACUAUACGUACACUACAAUAGUUUAAAGAUUCACAUUAAAAGCACAGUUGAGGUAAGAUGACCAUGUAUGAGGCUA